AUGGCGACCAGCGCCCUCGGCCUGCUCGCGAGCUCGUACGAGGAGGACGACGACAACGAUGAGCCAGCCGCGGCGGCAGCGAGCACGUUGCUGGUCGUCAACCCCACGCCGGCGGUGGUGGGCGACUACGGCGGAUCGUCGGCGUCGCAUGCGCUCGCGCUCGCGCCCGUCAUCACCGAGGACCGGAAGCACGGCCAGCAGAUCAUGAAGGCCAACCCGACGUACGAGGAGAUGUGGGCGCCCGAGCAGGGGCCGUCGCUCGACGUGACUGCGCAGCGGGCGGCUGGGAUCAAGUCGAAGCACCGGUUCGUCGGGCACGUCGCCAAGAUGACACCCGCCACCGACUUCGCCUUCGACGAGCAGUACCACACCUUCAACGCCUACGGCUUCGCCGCCGACCCGACCAGCGCAAGCGGCUGA